AUGACCGCCACACCUUCAACGGAUGGUCCUAGCGACUUGACGUCACGACUGCUGUUUUUCAGCAACGAAUUUCCCAAUGAUGACCUGCGAGACCUAUUCCGUCGCCUCCACAACCACAGUAAAAGCCAGAGAUUUAGGCUCCUCGCCACUUUCUUGGACGCUUGUGGCGAUGUGGUUCACCAUGAAGCCGCAGCAUUGCCUUCGCACUUGAAGAAGCUCAUUCCCCCCUUCAAGUCGGUCCUGUCUCUUGCAGACAACCAUCACUUCAGACAAGGACCCGUGGGCGGAGCGUUGGAAAGCGCCCUUCUCUGCGUUUUGGAGAUCGGCAUGUUCAUUGGUCACCAUGAAGCCCGAAAUCUGCCCUUGGACCUCCCCGUUGCUGAAACAACCCUCUCGGGCCUCAGUAUUGGCUUGUUUGCCGCUGCUGCCAUCUCUAUCUCAGAUUCCUUGGCCGAUGUUGCUGUGAAUGGUGUCGAAAGCGUGAGAGUAGCUUUUAGACUGGGCAUUCAUGUUGACGGCGUAUCCGGGAGACUCGAGUCGCGUGACCACGAUGGAAACUAUGGUAGUUGGGCCUACGUGUUGACAGGUCUGUCAGCCGAGGAGGUUCAGGAGGAACUCGAUCGGUACAACACUGAAUCGUCCAACCCCACGCCAACAAAAGUCUUCAUCAGUGCCUCGGACAAGACGUCAGUCAGUGUUACAGGCCCUCCAUCCCGCUUGAAGAAUGCCUUUCGGCACUCAAAGGCCCUGCGCUACUCUAAGCACUUCCCAAUGCCAGUCUACAACGGACUGUGUCACGCGCCGCACCUCUACACGACCGAAGACGUACGAUCGAUCGUCCACGGCUCAGAGCCAAAGGGCACUCACUCUGUUCACAUACGGCUGCCGCUGCUCUCGCCUCAGACGGGCAAAGCAUACCCUGCACACAACGCUAACGAGCUCUUCAGAGAGAUCGUUGCUGACAUCUUGACGGGUGGCAUCUUUCUCGAUAAUUUGAGUGAAGGAAUAUUGGACUCAAUCUCGGAUUUGGGGCCGGCAGAGUGUGAAGUUCUUUCUUUUCGCUCGUCUCUCGUCUCAAAGAGCAUAUUGGCGACCGUGACUGAGGGCCUCGGCCAAGUAACGAUGAGACACGUUGAUUUUGUUGAUUGGUCUUUCGACAAGGUUGCUCCAAGCCCGCCGCGAACUGCUGCGCAGUCUACUCUUGCCAUUGUCGGAAUGUCCUGCAGACUACCCGGCGGUGCCAACGACUGCAAGCUUUUCUGGGAUCUCCUCAAAGAGGGAAGAGAUACGCACACGGAAGUUCCGGCCGACAGAUUUGAUCUCCAAGCACAUUUCGAUCCGACCGGUCAGGUCCCCAAUUCGACGCCUACACCUUGGGGAAACUUCAUUGACCACCCAGGCUUGUUCGACGCUGCCUUCUUCAACAUGUCUCCAAGAGAAGCAGAGCAAACGGACCCCAUGCACCGGCUGGCCCUCGUCACUGCCUAUGAAGCUCUCGAAAUGUCUGGCUAUGUUCCAAACAGGACACCGUCUACGAUUCUGGAACGUGUCGGCACGUUCUACGGCCAGGCAAGCGACGAUUGGCGAGAACUCAAUGCAGCUCAAAACAUCGGGACACAUGCGGUGCCAGGAGGGGAGCGAGCAUUUGCCAAUGGACGCAUCAACUACUUCUUCAAGUUCGGCGGACCAAGCUUCAACAUUGACACCGCGUGCUCCAGUGGGCUGGCAGCUGUCAACGCAGCGUGUUCGGCGCUUUGGGCUGGCGAAGCGGAUACCGUAAUUGCGGGCGGCCUCAGCGUCAUCACGAAUCCUGACAACUACGCCAUGCUGGGUAACGGCCACUUCCUUUCCAGAACUGGUCAGUGUAAAGUGUGGGAUGAGGGAGCCGAUGGGUACUGCCGAGCUGAUGGCAUUGGUUCCGUUGUGAUCAAGCGCCUGGAAGACGCGGUUGCAGACAACGAUAAUAUUAUUGCUACAGUCCUUGCUGGUGCAACAAACCACUCUGCGUAUGCCGCCUCUAUCACACAGCCCCAUGCCGGGGCCCAGAAGAGCAAUUAUGCCCAGGUCACGCAAGCGGCGGGCAUUAAUCCUCUAGACGUCAGCUUUGUCGAACUUCAUGGUACCGGAACGCAAGUCGGUGACGCUAUUGAGUCUGAGUCGGUUUGCGACUUUUUCGCCCCCCUUUCGCCCCGUCGCCGCGCGGACCAACCUCUUCACCUGGGAGCUGUGAAGUCAAAUGUUGGGCACGGAGAGGCCGCUGCAGGCAUUACCUCGUUGCUCAAGGUUUUGUUGUCCUUCCAAAACAACGAGAUCCCGCCACAUGUUGGCAUCAAAACGGCCAUCAACCCUAUCAUUCCCUUGGAUCUGGCGAAGCGACAGGCUGGUCUUGUCAUGGGUCUCCAGCAGUGGCCGAGGGAAGCUGGAAAGACCCGAUACGCUGUUGUAAACAGUUUCGGAGCCCAUGGGGGUAACACCACGCUGAUGCUAGGAGACGCACCGGAGAGGAGUCUUCGCGGCUCAGACCCCAGAUCAAGUCAUCCGGUGGUAAUUUCUGCCAAGGGGAAAAUCUCCCUCGAAGCCAAUCUUGCGGCCCUCAUCGAGUAUCUCGACAGGCACCCCGACACCGAUCUAGGUGAUCUAUCAUACACGACUACUGCUCGGCGAAUCCAUCACAGCUCCAGAGUUGCAGUAUCAGCUUCCAGCAUUGUUCAGUUACAAAAGGCUUUGGUAUCAGCCCAGUCUAUUGUCCGGGAUAUUCGCCCUGUUCCGGCAAACGCGCCUUCGGUUGCAUUUGCCUUCACUGGCCAGGGUUCGUUCUAUCUAGGGGUCGGAGCGGCACUCUACAAAUCAUUUCCGUUCUAUCGUCAACAGAUCACCCACCUCGACCACCUAGUGCAGGUAUUCGGCUUUCCAUCAGUUAUCCCAUUUAUAGAAGGCACCCCUGAGGACGGCAGCGUCUCGCCUCUCACAACGCAACUCACAAUCGUCGUCACCCAAAUUGCGUUAGCCGAGUUCUGGUCGCUCCUUGGAGUGAAACCAAAUGCGGUCAUUGGUCACAGUCUGGGCGAAUAUGCAGCUUUGGUCGUUGCCGGUGUGAUAUCGGCAGCUGACGCCAUUCUCCUAGUGGGAAAACGCGCAGAGCUCGUCACCUCCAAUUGCAGAGAGGGCAGCCACGUCAUGCUCGCGGUACGCUCAAGCAUCGACAAGAUACAGAUGAUUGCUACGGAUGGGAAGUACCAGGUGUCGUGCAUGAAUGGGACCAAUGACACCGUCCUAGGCGGCUCCCGAGACGACAUUGAGGUUACGCGACAUGCUUUGGAGGGAGAAGGCAUCAAGUGCACUCUCCUCGAUGUCCCUUUCGCCUUCCACACCAGUCAGAUGGACCCCAUGCUCGGGCCGUUCGAGCAGCUGGCCAAACACGUCACCUACAAAACCCCGAUGAUUCCUUGCCUCUCUCCAGUCCUCGGUGGUUGCGUAUUUGAUGGAAAAACCAUAAAUGAGAAGUAUCUGGCUAGGGCGGCACGCGAACCGGUCAACUUCGUCGGUGCCCUCGAGGCUGCCCAAGAGCUCGGUAUCAUUGACGAGAAGACCAUGUGGAUCGAAAUCGGACCUCAUCCAGUCUGCACCUCACUCAUUCGGGGCUACAUGGCAGACGCGUACGUGACUUCAUCUUUUCGUCGCGACGAGGACAGCUUCACCACCUUGUCGAAUACUCUGGUGUCUCUGCACCGUGCCGGUAUUGCUGUCAACUGGAAUGAGUACCACCGACCGUACGAAACAUGUCAUUCCCUCUUGUCCCUCGAUGCAUACAAGUGGAAUGACAAGAACUACUGGAUUCAGUAUGAAGGCACCUGGACUCUAGACAAGGCCUAUCCAACUGGCAAACCAAACAACAAGCCGUCUACACAAAGUGGCUCUGCCCUCCGCACGUCCUCCAUGCAGCAGAUCGUCUCGGAGGAAAUCACUGGAAGCACAGGCAACCUUGUCGUUGUCUCGGACAUGAUGCAUCCGGAGCUGCUGAGCGCCUUGGACGGCCACCACAUGAACGGUUAUGGGGUGGCAACUUCAUCCAUUUGGGCCGACAUGGCUCUCACCGUCGGCGAAUACCUGUACAAGCGUAUGGUGCCAACAGCGACCGGUACAGUUCCGAUGAACGUUUCCGACAUGCUGGUGGAGCACGCCCAAGUCGUAAUGUCCAACCGAGAGGGCGCGCAACUUUUGCAAAUCGAGGCCGAGAUGGACCUUGAAGAGAUGAUGACGGCUGUCCGGUGGUAUAACCUGGACGCCGCCGGUAUCCGCUCCGAGGAGCCGUACGCCACUGCCACAAUCAGAUACGAAGACACCAACAAUUGGACGACUGAGUUCAGCAGGAUCUCGUGGCUGGCGGCAAGCCGCGUCGAGGCGCUGACUGCCAUGGUUCCCGGGGGCGCUGCCAGCAGGGUUGGACGCGGCCUGGCCUACACACUAUUUGAGAACGUGGUCUCCUAUUCGGAGAAGUACCGCGGCAUGCACUCCGUCGUGAUUCACGGGCUCGAAGCCUACGCGGACGUGAUACUGGCACCCGAGAGGCACGGCACUUGGCACACGCCCCCCCACUGGAUCGACAGUCUCUUCCACGUCGGCGGCUUUGUCAUGAACGGCAGCGAGGCUUCUAACACAAAGGACUACUUCUACGUCACCAACGGCUGGGACAGCUGCCGCAUGGCAAAGCCGGCGAUCGCGGGUGGUAGCUAUCAGAGCUACGUGCGUAUGGCGCCGACGGGCGAAGCCAACAUGUUCUCGGGAGACGUCUACGUUCUGCAGGACGGGGAUGUUGUGGGUAUGAUGGGCGGCAUGAGAUUUCGUCGCGUUCACCGCAUUUUGAUGGAUAAGUUCUUCUCGCCAUCAGAUGGGUCCUCGAAGACCUCCAGCACUCCCGCCAAGCCCAAAGCGACGGCGCCUAAAUCCCAGUCCAAGACCAAGCCUCUAACGUCCUCCGCAAAGACCAAGCAGACGGUGCAGGAAACAAAUCCCGUUGCGAAGCAAGCUGACUCUGCAGCUGAGAACAGACAUGACGGGGACGAAGACUCAUUUCCCGCGCCCAGCGGUGACGUCGUCGAGGUCGUAGGAGGCAUUGUGGGCGAUGGCCUGAAGCUCAUUGCCAAGGAGACUGGACUCGACCUAUCCGAUCUGACCGACGAGGCUACCUUCGUGGAGCUGGGUGUUGAUUCUCUCACCUCUCUGGUUCUGGCCGAGAAGUUCAAGAAGGAGCUGUCGAUCGAGGUCAAGAGUUCGCUCUUCCUCGAGUGCGUCAACGUUGGUGAUCUCAAGGAGUGGAUGGAACAGAAUGCCUGA